CCUGCAGGAGGUGUGGCAUUAAGGCGUGUCAUCUGCAGUCAGAGAUUCCUUAGAACUCCGGCUGAAGACUCUUGCUUUGUUGAGCCAUGGAAACAAAGCAAACUGACUGUAUUUUCAAGAUGAAGGAUGACAAACUGAAGCUCUCCCUCUCCAUGAAGGUUGUUAACCAAGGCACGGGAAAAGACCUCGAUCCCAACAACGUUGCCCUUGAUCACAAUAAAAAGAUCCUCAGCAGCAGUUCAGGUCAUUUUGCCAAGGAGUGUUUCAUGCAGCCUGGAGGGACCAAGUACAGCCUCAUCCCAGAAGAGGAGGAGGAGGAUGAGGUGGCAGCAGCAGGAGGAGACAAUAAGACCAGCCUGGCUGAGGAGCCUUCAAAAAAGAGGAAAAAGGAGAAGAAGAAGAAAAAGAAGCACAAGGCAAAGGAGUCCUCAGAGUCAGACUCGAGCAGCUCGGACUCGGACAGCUCGGGGGCUCAGCCCUCCAGCAAGAGGAGCAAGCAUUCCAAGGCUCCCAAGAAGAAGAAGAAGAAGAAGAAGCACAGGAAGUAGCCCUGGGAAUGAGCAGGGGCAGGGUGGGAUGCUGGCAUUGCCAGUCCCUGGUGCACACCACGAGCAGCCAGCAGGAACCAGGGACAGAGUUUCCUCCUCAAAGUCACCCAGGCACGUGGUGUUACCGGUGUGCUACAGGUGUGACCUUGCUACAGGUUGUCCUCUGUCACCUUGGCACAGGCUGCCCCUUUCUCCCACAGCUCGUGCCAGGACAGGCUCAUGACACCCUGCAGGGCACCUCUGCCAGGCACCUCGCCAGGGCCCCUCUCCUGUCCUGCAGCCUCGUGUUCCACUGGAUAGGCUGCCAGCAGGAGCCUGGGUGACAUCAGCUCCUGCAGGGCUGAGGUGGCACUGCCAGGCUGUCCCCACACUGCUCAGUGGGUGUUGCUGGGCCCUGGCAUGGGGCCACGUCCCCCCCUCCUUGGCUUUGGGCUGCAAAGCUGCCCCAGCUCCCUCUUUGUCUGCAAACACUGGGAGUGGAGGAGCGAGAAGCACGUGGGGAGUGGAGAUAUUGUCAGUAAACACUCUGCAGUGUUUGCUGCCUUGGAAAGUGAUGGAAAAGAAAUCUCUGCCAUUUCCAUUUCCAGCUGUACUUUGUAGCUGCUCUUUUCUUCUGUCCCCGCCACACUCGGGCAGGGAAGGAGCAGGGCACAGACCUGCAGGAAAGGGUUUUUUUUGGAAGUCUUGGCUGCUUCCCCAGGUCCCUGGAGUGGGAAGGGGGUGUGUGGUGAGGUAACCCAUAGGAGAAGCCUGGUGCCUUCUGGGAGGGAGCAGCUGGAGCAUAAAUCUUGUAACUGGAGCUGAAGGUCAGGGGGAAGGGAUGGCAGGGGCUGGGCAGUGACCUCAGGGGGUGUCUGCCAGGAGCAGGAGCAGCUCCUCCGUGCUGGGACAGAUGUGGUGAAGGAAUUGGGGAGGUGAGUCUUUCCUGUUGCCUCUGGCUCUACAGGGAGGACAGAGUGGGGUUGGCAACUCCCUGUUGGUGUCACAGUGGGAGGAUUUGGGGUUGCUGGUGCAGCCUGUCCCUUCCCCGUGUGCUUUGCCCUUUCCUGUGCUGCUCACCCCAGUUCCCCAUGGCUGCAUCCCCCCUCGGGGCCAGUUCCCUUCCCAAAACCAGCCACCAGGUGCUCGGGACCUUGAUUCCAGUCCUGCCCUGGUGGAAGGAUCACUCUCCAGGGAAGGAGCUUGUUUGGAUCCUGGGCAAUCCAUGGGCAGAGCUGCCGUGGGACUGAACAAAUAUUCCCCCUGGGAAAACACAUUUCUAACCAUCAGAGCCUCUUGUUUCCACAGCUUGGAGAAACGGGCUCCAGGGAUCAGUGGGCAUUAACCCCAUCCCUGCCAGGGCUGGUUGAACCCUGGGUGGUGGCUGAACACUACAGAUGGGCACAUGCCAGACCAGCCUUUUCCAAGCAAACCGACCACAGAGCUGUAACAACACGGCCUUUAUUCUUUU